CGGGGCAGCAGCAGCCGCCGCCGGGCAACGCGGAGUUUUCCUGCCCUCCCGCCCGCUGCCGGCUCCCGCCCCGGGUAGGGGCUGAGCCCGGGCCAUGUCCUCCGCACGGAGCUUCCUCUACGGCUACUUCUGCUUGGCCAGCCGGGCAGCAGCCCGCCGUUCCCUUCUGCUCUGUAGGGCGCCGGGGCUGCCGCUGCUCGGCGGCGUCCGCCGGCACCUUAUCGCCCUCCGCUGCGCGGCGGCAGCGGGACGAGGGGCGGCGGGGGCCGGGCCGUGGGCGCCGCGGCGGCGGGGCUGCGGCGGGCAGGGGGCGGCGGGAGGUGGGUUCCGGCCGUCGCGGGUGGCGGUGGUGGUGAAGACGACGCGGUACGAGUUCGAGCAGCAGCGGUACCGCUACGCCGGGCUUUCCGAGGAGGACCUGAAACAGCUGCUUGCCUUGAAGGGAUCUAACUAUGCUGGUCUGCUGGAGCGGCAUCGCAUUCACACAAAAAACGUGGAGCACGUUGUAGACAGUUUACGGAACGAGAGGAUAGAAGUUCGUCUUGUUAAACGUCGAGAAUAUAAUGAAGACACAGUUCGGUGGGCAGAUGCUGUUAUAUCAGCAGGAGGUGAUGGUACGAUGUUGCUGGCAGCCAGUAAGGUCUUUGAUAAAUUUAAACCUGUUAUUGGAGUAAAUACUGAUCCUGAAAGAUCAGAGGGUCACUUAUGCUUGCCUGUGAGAUACACACACUCGUUUCCUGAAGCACUACAGAAGCUUUAUCGUGGUGAGUUCAGGUGGCAGUGGCGGCAAAGAAUCCGACUAUAUCUUGAAGGAACUGGUAUUAACCCAAUCCCUGUAGAUUUACAUGAACAGCAGCUAAGCCAGGAGCAACACAGCAGGGCUCACAUAAAUGAAAGACUCCCAGAUCAAAGAUCUGACAUUUCUGGUCCACAUCUUCUGCCAGUGAGAGCACUCAAUGAAGUCUUUAUUGGGGAAUCACUUUCGUCCAGGGAGAACUUUAAGUCCUGCAAACCCAGUUUUAAAUUCUCGCUCCAUAGGGCCUCGUAUUAUGAGAUAUCAGUUGAUGAUGGUCCUUGGGAAAAACAGAAGAGUUCAGGGCUAAAUGUGUGUACUGGAACUGGAUCAAAAGCCUGGUCCUAUAACAUUAACAAGUUAGCACACCAAGCUGUUGAAGAGAUCCUUAAGAUUGCUAAAAAGCAUGGAAGUUUGAAUGUGCCUUUGAACACGGAACUAGUACAGAAAGUAACAAAUGAUUACAAUGAAUCCCUGCUCUACAGUCCAGAGGAACCAAAGAUGUUUUUCAGUGUUCGAGAACCUAUUGUAAACAGAGUUUUCUCAAGUAGCCGGCAGCGUGGCUUCUCUUCAAAAGUCUGUGUCCGUUCCCGUUGCUGGGAUGCAUGUAUGGUUGUAGAUGGAGGAACAUCUUUCGAAUUCAAUGAUGGGGCAAUAGCUUCAAUAAUGAUUGAUGCAGAGGAUGCACUGUGCACUGUUCUGCUGGAAGAAUAAAGGAUCCUCGUGUCUUCUGCUGAAACAAUACUGGAGCAAGAGAGGGAACUCCUGGACACAGACAGAACAUAACAAUGCUGCAUGAUGUUGGAAGUUGGCCUUUUAGGAUGCAAAACCAUUUGAAGGAAUCUUGAGAUGCUGUUUCAUUCCUUUGGGUUGGGGAAACCUUAGCCUGAUGUUUAAGCUCUUUUUGUAUCUGCUGUAAAACAACAUAUAUCUGAAGUCUUAGCUCUAACUUCAGUGAAAAUUGACAUUUUAACAUCCAAGGCAAACAUUAAAGAGCAUCUUUUUAAACACAGGUAGAUAGGUUCAAGUAUUAAGUCAGUAGAAUUAAAUAUUCAGAUGUACAGUUUUUUGUAACAGUCUGGGACUGAUGAAACUAAAUACCUUCAUACAUACACUUUUGUAAAGAAGCUGACUGCCAAUGUAGCAAUCUGAUGCAAGAAUAUAUAGAUUUUGGUAAAUCCUGAUUAUGUAAUAGAAAUUUAAUUAUAAACCUUUUAUAUGCUUUUGAAAAAUUUUACAACUUUGUAGUUUCAUACAACUUGUGAAACUUGGUGGUUUUGGUUUUUUUUCCUCUUCCAAUAUUUUUUCUACUUUGUAGAUUUACAUCAAAAGUAAAAGUUUGGUUUAAUCAUAUCUUGAAUGAGGAAGCUCUCACCUUUUCUCUUAGGCUAGAAACCCAAGAGUUUUCUUGAGCCCUUUAGUAGGAAUACACAAACUACAGAGAACAUGUUGACAUGAGAUAUAUUCCUUCACUGAAUGGAUUAGCUGGCUAGUGGGUGUUAAGUCACAGUUGUGUAUUUACAUUACUAUCACUAAGAAUGAUAUUUGGCCUUAUUAAGUUGAAUAGUUUGGAGUUUUAGGUUCUGAGUUUCUUUAUAGAUGUGCUGGGUGCUUAGUUGGAGCACAAUUAAAUACCUGUGUGUCCCCCAGUUUUUCACGUUUAAAUUUCGAUAAAUUCAAAUUUCCAAUCCUAUGCUGAAUUCUACUGAUAUUUAGUUGGCAACAAAUCAAUUUUACUUUUACAUACCUCUGAUCAUGUGUUAGGUAAGUGAGAAAAAACUAAUUAUAGAAGGGGAAGUGAAUUUUUGCAUAAUGCUUUGGAGAAGCUGUGAACUAUGGCUGCCUUUAAAGUCUCUGCAAAUUGCAUAGAUGAGGGCAGAAUGUGACAAAAUGAUGAUUCCUACAGAAGGAACUCUUCUGCUGUCUGACUUGAAACAAAUAUGUUUUGUCCUGUCUGCUACAGAUUGAUUUCCAAAAGUGAGUUUUGUUCAAACCACUUUUGAAUGAGGAGACUUGUGCAACGUAAGUUCUCAGGUCCAAUGUAGAUGUUCUUCAGUGUGGCAUCAGUUUAUUGCCAAUCAGAAAAUGCAAACUGAUCUUUAUAGGUGGAUUAAGGGGAUAAAGGAUUUUUUCCUUGUACUACUUAAGUAUUUGUACUCACUCUAAACCAGAAAUUAGAGGAAAUUGAUUUGACCAGACCAUUCAGUCUUAAGAAAAUGUGAUACUGGUGGUUUUUUGAAUAAGAUACCGGUGUUCGUGUAUGCAGACCAAAUGGGGAUAAUCAAGUAGCCAAAUAAUCUUUCAAAAUUUGCUAAGUUUAGGAAAUAAAAAAAAAAGCUCCUAAUGCCCAAAAUAAUUUGUAAAACUGGUCUAAAUUUAAAGAUGCAAGACUAAUCUUUCUUUGAAAAGCUGGCUGCUGACUAAGGUGCUUUAGUUAUUUCUGAUCCACCUGUAAGCAGUUAAGGGUGGUUUAAAUGCCUCUGUCUAGUGCACUAGUCAAAAUGCUAUUAAGAUUUAAAAAAAAAACAACAAAACAAACCACAAACCAAACAGCCCACCAGUGGCAUUAACACUAAUUUAUGACUGAAGCCUGUCAUUCCUUAUUGCAAAUGCUGAGACUAAAAAACAGUGUCUUCAAGGUCCUACAGAGCCAAAGUAUGAUCUUGGUUUAUGGCCCUGGUUUAGGCCUCAGUAAGAAAUUUCAGUAAAACUCCUUACUUAGCAAAAUGGAAACCUGGCCUACUCAUGAGUGGCCUCUACUGGUUUUGUCUAUAUUUUAUUGCACUUCUGUUGAAGCAUUUGCUGGUGAAUGCUUGAUGCUAACAAGGAUGAUUCAGAGAUUUAUAGUAGAUAAACAAUAAGCAGCUACCUUUUUUAUGGAAGAAUUGUAGAAUCCUUUUUAAGGAUCCUUUAUUAUAAAGGAUUGCAGUACAGACAACUUACCUGGUAGUCAGUAUUCUCUGACAGGACCUAGUAUUGGUUUAAUACUGAUUUAAUCUGCCUGGACUGGCAGUGAACUCUGCACAUCACCUACCUGCUGAAUCAAAUCCAUGAUCUUUUCAUUUAGUGCCAGUCCACACUGUGUUCUGCUAAAUAAGACCUGUCAUUCUUUGCUUUUUUUAAA